AUGGCGACGCAAGCCUGGCGGUCGCUCGCCCUACUCCUUUUUACCACGUCCCUCGUUAUAGCUAGAUAUGCAGAGUUAGAGCCAUGGCGAGGAGCAGGGCGGCCAGCAACGCCUGCACAGGAGGCCGAGGACGAGCGCCGGGAUGCAGAGCUCCUCGCCGCCGUCCGCACCUCUAUACAGCAGUGGGAACAGAAGAAAAGUAGAACGAGGGUUAAGAGGUCACAAGGCAGCGUGUGCUAUGGCCAGUUCGGGUGCUUCGAAGACACAGGGCCCUUUGCCUACCUCGAGACGCUGCCUAGUCCGCCGCAGGAAGUUGGCACUAACUUUCUCAUGUACUCUACUAUGAACAGAGGUGACCAGCCCCUAAUGUCGGUGUCGGCGGCCAAUAUGUCUGCAGCAUGGAGCUGGGCUCAGCACGCAUUUGACUCUACUAAGCCCACGCGCAUCAUCGUUCAUGGUUUUGGCUCCAACUGCGAUAAUGUCUGGGUGUACGAAAUGAGAUCUGCUCUGAUGGCUGUGGAGGAGUGUAACGUGGUGUGCGUUGACUGGGAGAGAGGAGCGUCGAUGCCAAACUACCUCCGCGCAGCGGCAAACACAAGGCUUGUCGGAAAACAACUAGCAAUGAUGUUACAAGGUUUGGCUGAACACAUAGAUUUAAGAUUUGAGGAUGUUCACCUAAUUGGAUUCAGCCUCGGCGCGCACGUAGCAGGUUUUGCCGGCGCAGAACUGCGAAAUAUUAGCAGGAUAACAGGUCUAGAUCCUGCUGGUCCACUAUUCGACUUCCAAGAUCCGCGAGUUCGACUCGACCGUACAGAUGCUAAGUUCGUAGACGUCAUACAUUCCAACGGAGAGACCCUGAUCUUGGGCGGACUGGGCGCUGCUCAGCCUCUGGGCCACGUCGACUUCUAUCCUAAUGGAGGCCGUGUUCAACAUGGCUGCUCCAAUUUGUUCGUGGGCGCGGUGUCGGACCUAGUGCUGCCGUGGGCGGCGGCGUCGGCUGAGGGCCGCUCGCUGUGCAACCACCGCCGCGCGUACAAGUUCUUCACCGACUCGGUCUCGCCCAAGUGCCACUUCCCUGCCUUCCCGUGCGCCGACUACGAUAGUUUCCUUGAGGGCCGAUGCUUCCCGUGCAGCGAGGAUCGGAGAUGCGGCAACAUGGGCUACUACGCGGAUCGGUCUCUUGGUCGGGGACAACUAUACUUACUGACGAGAGAAGAAGAGCCAUUCUGUGCUCAUCAAUAUCACGUAUCGGUGUGGGGUAGCAGCGAGGCAGGGGAGAAGACGAACUAUGGCAGAGUCACGCUGACUUUGCACGGCGACUCCGGUCUCAACGAGUCCUUCCCAAUGAAUAAACGCGAGAGCAAGGCGGCGGGCUCGCUGCGGUUCUCGCGCGUGCUGGUGCCGCACCCGGCGCUGGGCGUGCCGCUGCGCGCCGCGCUGCACCUGGCCGCCUACUCGGGCUGGCUCAGCGCCGGCGCGCGCUCGCUGCGCCUGCACAAGCUGCUCAUCGCCGACAGCUUCGGCAAAACGUCAUCCUUCUGUAAAAAUCUGCGACUGAUGUCUGACGAGACAGUUCAGUUGCCGCUAUAUCCUGGAGACUGUCAAAUGAUUCAGGAUAACGAAACCGCGAACACUACUGCGCAAGAAAUCGUCAUAAAAGAUAACAUAACCAAAGAACCUGCAAUCGAUGUCCUCGAAAACGAGCUUCCAGAAGAUUCGCCAAGAGCACCUUUUGCUUUAGUCGACACAUACGAAUGGGAUAGCGCAACUGAUACUGGACGAGCGUUCGGUAUGACGAAUACUAAAACAGCUCCAAAUGGUGUAAUAGAAAUCGCGGAACCAGUUUUAAGACCUCGGCCUCGUAAAACGCCGCGACAGAGAGCCGACAUGCUUGAAGAUAAUUAUGAAAUAUCUGAACCUUUGCUCCGACCUACGCAAGCACCUCGUCCAACACCACCCUCCCGUAAACCCAAAAAUUACGACGUAUCUACCACACCAACAUACGAAUCUACGUCAUUAGAAAUAACUGAAAAGGAAGAAACCGGAUUUGUUGUGCAAUUCCUCCCAUCAAGAUUGGCAUCAUUUAUAUCAAGAGCCGAGCAGUAUGCUAGGGACACUUUGCUACCAUUAGUUUCGGCAUACGCACCUCGGUUACCUAUAUUCGGUGCGCGUGAGUUACCAAAACCUACCGCAAAAUACAUACCUACUGAAGAUUCGAAUAUCACAAGCUCGGUACCGGUGCCGACGCCAACCCUAGAAAUGAAGAUUGAAACACUUCGAAACAUAGGCCCACCUGGCGAGUAUCGAGAAAUAGAGACUCCCGAAGAUCCCGAUAUACCAGUUGUGAUAUCGACGACCACGACGACAUCGACGACAACUCCGAGUACAACCACGACUGAAAAACUUCGCCCCGCGCCGACGGAGAUGCUUCAAGUAAUACCGGGACCCGUCAUAACUACUAGCACAGCCCUACCACCGGUCGCUUUGCAAAGCGUUGGUGAAAAAAUUUUGAUUGUGUACCCGAGCAACGCUAGAGAAGAAAGAAAAAUAAUGUCGCAUUCGAUUCCAGAAGAGAUGCAAUUUGAAGCAUUGUAUAGACAUACAGCUGAACGAGCCAUAAGAGUCGAUUUACCAACAUUCCUUCCGCCGACCUCCACCCCGGACUUGAGCUCUACCGUGAAAUCGAAAGCAAGAGACGCGAGGUAUAUUCCUAUAGACUUUCUAAAUAAAUCCGACAAAGAAACUCCCGACCUUAAUCCAACGUGA